UUGCGGGCUGGGGUUGUCGACUGAGAAUAACAGAGGGCGUGAGUAGGGUGGAUGAGAGACCGAGCGCAACAGGCCCGCAGGUGCGCGUGUGUUCGCGUGAAAAACACUUCGACGAGAGAGAAGCGGAGAAGGAAAACGCCCCGUUUCAACCUCUUAGCACGCUAAGACGCCGCCAAGACACAGCUUACGAAGAGGAAAGCCCCCAAGGUGGUUGUGAGAUGGUGGGGAAGAACAUGAUGAGCCACAAUACUACGAGUUGGACUGCAGAGCUAGCGGAGAGCGCUCUACGUGCCACCGACUACCAGUUGCGCCCCUCCCGCGGAAGCAAGCGACCUCUCAUCGAUAACCUCUCCAGCCACAGCGAUGAGGAAGACGGGGAAGACAUAUCGGGGCUCCCGCCUAGAGGAUCGGUCAGCUCGCCUUCCAUUUCAAGCACCGACGAAGCUCAACCCAAGGAGAAGAAAGCCCGAGGCGGCGGUAGUAAGAAAACGUCAAGCCCCAGACGACGUCGGGCCGCACUCAGUGCUAGAGAACGGAAUUUGCGACGCUUGGAAAGUAACGAGAGAGAAAGGAUGCGCAUGCACUCGCUCAACGACGCCUUUCAAGGCUUACGGGACGUUAUUCCCCAUGUGAACGCGGACAGAAAACUCUCCAAGAUAGAAACGCUAACCCUGGCGCAGAACUACAUCGUGGCGCUCACUGGUAUCGUCUGCAAGCUUCAGAACCAGGUCCAGGGUGACCCAAAGGCGGACCCCGACCCUGACCCCCUCCCCCCUUCCCCCAACUCAGACGCAAACCCCCCUACCGAACUAGACCGCAACUAGUUUUUAGAUCAGAUGGCUAAACUAUAUGAAUAACGGAUGUACACCUUUGAAUUUCUAUAUAUCUGGGUGUCUGCCAAAAAGAAUGGCGGCCAUACUACAAAGAUUUAUUUUUAAUACUGAUUAUUUUCAUACGCUCCCUUCCAACGUUGCGUAGUGUCGACCGGAACAUGGCAUAUUCCAACAGCCAGUUCACAAAAUUCCAAGAGUGUGAGUUUGAUAAAAGAUAUGACUAUAUGAGGGAUUGUUAGAUCCAAGUCUAAGAAAAAAUGGGACCAAAAAGUAGGUAAAAAAUUUCACAGAAUUAGAGAGAGAGAAGAAAAAUAGAAUAUUUUGAAAUGUCGCACCUUUCGGUAAAAAAGAUCCUACAAAUACAAACACCUUAUCUUCGUCUUAAAAAUAGAUUUCAUAAGUAUGGUGUAGUUUUUUUUUGUAGUAUUGUAAUGUUGAUAUGGCUGUGAAAUUAUAUAUUCCACGUCCGACUGCAUGAAAAGGACUUGUUAGGAAAUAGCUUGGUAAACUAAUUUUGCCCAGACGGCAAAUCAUUAGGGGUAGGUAAUGAGUUACUCAGUGCACUCUAGUAUAUGCAGAUAAUGCGUAUGCAUAUACCAGUGCUACCGGGUCAUAUCUACAGUCAUACGUCGCAAUUAUACUCCAAAUUAUCAUAGCUAAAACCUAAAUGUGCCCUGAAUAAAUAUAUAUAAGUAUUACUAUACUCUAGUGUAUCUCCAAUACGUUUGUAUUAAAGGCGGCAAUUUUGCUCUUUGUCGCACAUCUAUAAUGAAUUGUAAAGCUAGUUUUAUCUAUCAGCAUGUUUGUUUUUUCUUGCUCUACAAUAAAAGGAGAAAAAGCUUUA